CUAAUUUAGUUUUUCCGGUGCUGCAAGGGCUCAACGCAGGAGGUGAGUGGUUGUGUGUGAGAAGAAGAGAGAAGAUGACGACGCGGUUCAAGAAAAACAGGAAGAAGAGGGGUCACGUGAGCGCCGGCCACGGACGCAUAGGGAAGCACCGGAAGCAUCCCGGAGGGCGAGGUAACGCCGGUGGCAUGCACCACCACCGGAUCCUCUUCGACAAGUACCAUCCAGGUUACUUCGGGAAGGUCGGAAUGCGGUACUUCCACAAGCUCCGCAACAAGUUCCAUUGCCCCAUUCUUAACAUCGACAAGCUCUGGUCCCUCGUCCCUCAGCAAGUCAAGGACCAGGCUUCCAAGGACAACAAAGCGCCUCUCAUUGACGUCACGCAGUUCGGCUACUUCAAGCUUUUGGGAAAGGGCGUUCUGCCGGAGAACCAACCCCUUGUCGUCAAGGCCAAGCUUGUCUCCAAGAUUGCCGAGAAGAAAAUCAAGGAGGCUGGAGGCGCGGUUGUUCUCACAGCUUGAUUUUAACCGUACCGGUUGGUUUUAGUUUUUUUUUUUUCGAUUACAUCCGUUUUUGAUGGAUUGGCCUUAGGAUUUAAUCUACUGUGCUCUUCUUUGGUUUAGUCUAGUGUGAAGGAUUGAAUUGAAUUUUGGAAUUUUUCGAAUGCCUUCUCAGUUGGAUUGGAUUCUCUUUUUCUUGUGAUAAAAAUGUUUUCCUCUUUUACUUCUGAUAAAAGAACUAUCUGUUUUCCUGAUUU